GCGCACAGGUCACCAUUUGAUGAACUGCUGAAACGGCGACAGUUCGGCGGCCACGAGGCGAGCGGAGUCUCCCAUUAUCCUGCAACGCCACCUCGUGUAACUUCAAGCUCGACACACGGAAACCUCACUCACUUGGCGGGCAAACGCUAGACAAGGCACCUCGUCCGUCAUCAUGUCACGAUCGAACGACCCCGGACACUACUUCCAAACGACCGAAGCCAUCGCAACAUCUGAACGCAAAGCAGCAAAGUCGAAGAACAAGCAUGGAGAUCCGAUCAAGUUGUCUUCGAAAAUCCUCGCAGCAAUUGCCGACCCUUUCAAUGAGAAUGCCAUUUACGUAGCGGAGGCCGGCGGCGAGGUCAAGCGAGUAGAUCUGGAAAGCCGCCAAGUCACCAAAAUCUUUGAUGGAAGUGCCGCACCACUGACUUGCCUAACGAUCUGUCCCAUCACCAAAACCCUCUUCACGGGCAGCUGGGACAAAACGAUCUAUGGCAUCCCUCUCUGCAAACAGACCUCAGAAAGGAGCGCUCAGAAAUUGUCCGCCCACACCGACUUCCUCAAAUGCCUUCUCGCCACAUCCCUAGAAGGAAAACCCAUACUCAUCUCCGGCGCCGCAGAUGCCACAAUCAUAAUCUGGGAUUUCACAACUUCCACUCCGAUCCAUAAACUCAAAGGUCACACUAAAGCCCUCGCAUCAUUUGCUAUUGAUUCUCUUUCCUUCCCAUCGGAGUCUUCCUCACCAGGCUCGAACCUCACACUCUUUUCAUCAAGUUCAACCCGUGAGAUCCGACGCUGGGAAAUCUCUCCAUCUUCCGCUAAAGAAGCAUCGUCGAGCCUGGAAACCCCAAUACUCGCGCAUGAAACAAGCAUCUACGCCCUCGAAUUCGAUUCUUCAGGGGAUCUAUGGACUGCAUCAGCAGAUAAGACUGCCAAGCAUCUUGUUCGAGAACGGAAUUGGGAAGCAGAUACUACACUUCAACAUCCGGAUUUCGUGCGUUGUGUGCUUGCAUUCGAGGAUUUGGGGCUUGUGGUCACGGGGUGUAGAGAUGAGGAGGUGAGAGUGUGGGAUGCCGGAAGUGGGAAGGAGAUUUGUGUUUAUGAGGGACAUUUUGAGGAGGUUACGGGGUUGGUUGCUUUGCAAGGGGGAAAGAAAGUUGUGAGUGUGAGUAUUGAUGGGACGGUGAGGGGGUGGAGUUUGGAGAGGAAGGUUAUGGAGGAGUGGAUGGAGGAGAGGAGGAAGAGGGUAGAAGGUGGUGAGGAAGAUGAGGAUGAGGGGAAGGGGAAGAAAGGUGGGGAGGGGAUGCUGACUGCGGAGGAGGAGGCGGAGUUGGCGGAGUUGAUGGACAGUGAUGAGGAUUAGAUGUUUUCAAGGAAUGAAGUGGAUGAAGGUGUGAUGAUUUAUAGCAUCAAUGAGCGAGUAUGAGCUGCCGCAAAGGCGGCGGACCCUACUGAAGUAUAGAAUUAGAAAUUCAUGAUGCAUCAAAUUCAGG